AUGGCUGAAACACUGAAAUCCCAACUCUACCUGACAUUUUGCUGCAUGGUGCAAUCUGGAGAGCAGUUUAGCUUGUCUGAGAUGGGUUUCUUCGAUGAUUUGCUCUUGGUAGAAACUGUUUGCUUAUCAUUACUCUUGUGUAAUUAUUAUGAUCGGGCUGUUUGCAAGGCUCGCAAGCCAAACGGUGAUGGUAUUGGUGCUGCAUGUUAUGAUCCGAGGUUUGUCGGAGGAGAUGGUGUAAUGUUUUACAUCCAUGGCAAGACAAAUGAGCAUGUCAGCCUAGUCUCCGACCUUAACCUGCAGAUAAACGCCCGAUUCAUCGGACGUCGACCACAGGGACGAUCACGCGACAACACAUGGAUCCAAGCACUGGCCCUUAUGUUUGAUUCCCACACUUUCACAUUGGCUGCAAAGAACGUAGCAAAAUGGAACAGUGAAGUCGAUCAGCUCUUUCUCAGCUAUAAUGAAGUGCCUGUUUUCAUUUCACAGGGCCACCUCUCUACCUGGACCGCCCCGGGCGGUGGCCUGGUGGUAGAGAGGACUGCAAAGUGCAACAGUGUCACCGUGACACUGCCUGGUGUCGUGGAGAUGGCUGUGAAUGUGGUGCCGAUAACAAAGGAAGAUGACCGGAUACACAAUUAUCAAAUACCUUCUGAUGAUUGUUUUGCACAUUUGGAAGUGCAGUUCAAGUUCUUCCAUCUGUCUGAGAAGGUUGAAGGUGUGUUGGGACAGACUUAUCGUUCUGAUUUUCUAAACCCAGUGAAGAGAGGUGUGCCAAUGCCAAUAAUGGGUGGGGAAGACCAGUACAUGACAUCUUCACUUGUAGAGGCUGACUGUAAGCGAUGUAUUUUCACCAUUGAUCAUGCCGUGCAGGGAGUUUCUAAGCCUCUAGUGUUGGAUCCAGAUAUGACUGUGGAUUGCACUAGUAAGAUGAGCAAUGGUCGUGGGUUCGUCUGUUGCAAGUAGAAACAUGAUUCACGUAAAGAGAAAAAUAGCAGAGAAAAUUUAUUCAGAAAAUAAUACUAGAGUUUUGUAUAUUCUUUCAAUGUGAACACUUAGGCUAUACAAAUGAAGUAUUUAAACACAAUUACAUUG